AUGGAUUUCUUGGAUCACAGCUUCCUGGUGGACGCGCGCUCUCCCUGUGAUUACACUUUUAACUUCUGGAACGACUACCUGGGCCUGUCCACGCUCGUGUCCCAGACCAAGACCAGCAGUCCCGCCUUCAGGCCGAACUCCAUCACCGAGUCCCUGAAGGCCACCCUGGGGCUGGAGGACGACGACGACGACGACUCCCCGGUUUGCUCCUGCGUAAUUACGCACGGCCGGGACGGUGACGCGCACGCGGACUGCUGCUGCUGCUGCGCGGCUCCGGGCUCCCCCCCCAUCUCCAUCUACGACCUGAAGGAGCGCAUCUCCCUCCUGGGGCCGUACGAGCACCUCUCCGGGGACAGGGACAGAGACAGGGACAGGGACUCCUUCUCCGGCCUCGACCUGCUCUCCAUGGAGCGGCGGCGCAAGCAGGCUCCUCCUGGGCGCGGGAAGCCGGAGCCCAAGGUGUGCGUGUUCUGUCGGAAUAACGGUGCCCCGGAGGAGGUGUACGGGACCCACAUCCUGAAGACCGCGGACGGCCGGGUGCUGUGUCCCAUCCUGCGCGCGUACACGUGUCCCCUGUGCAGCGCCAACGGGGACAACGCGCACACCAUCAAGUACUGCCCGCUGUCCCGGGAGCAGCCGGGCCAGAGGGGGGGGCCCAGGGGCGGCGGCAGGGGGGUCGUGGGGGGGGGGAAGCGGCUGAAGAGCUUCUGA